CUUUUAAGAUAAUAAUAAUAAUAAUAAUAAUAUUUAUCAUGGAUGACAAACUUCGUAUGACGUGUAGAGUCAAUACACAAUUGUAGAAGGGCGAGACACAGCGUGGGGCAACGGAAACUGGCGACCUUAAGAUCCCGGCAGCAGCAUGGUAUGUGCUCCAACACUAUAAUGGUCGUGUACGGUCGUAUAGUGGAGAUUUACUGCGCUGAAUAUGACACAGUUUACUGCCUCCGAGGACCUGUCUAUACGUUAUGGUUAAAUACACACUUGGCCGGCUUUCCCGAUCAGUUGACAUUCUUUCAGCGAUAACAGGUCUAACUGGAGAUGCAAACGUGUAGGCAACGGAAUGGCUAAUGAAGGAUACAGAUAAAUUGUUGAUUUGGAUAAUACAGCUUCCUGACAUUUCGCACUGUUGAUGGAAUACUCAACCACAUAAACGCUUCACUAGUUAAAAUAAGCAUUUGUGCGUUUCGCAUCACCAGUCUUGCUGUUAACCAAAGACAAAACAUGAACGUGUUACACUAAAGUUGAUGCAAUUCAAUUUUCUUAAAUGUAGAGCCACAAAUUGUUUAUAAAAAAAGAUUCGCCAGAAUGAAUAUAAACAGGUCAAGUAGCAGUUCGUGGCCUGCUUUGCAGGCUAAGGUUCUGUCGGAAAUCAAACAGCAUCCCAAGAAAGACUCCAGUUCCAUAGUCAGAGCCAUGGACAUGGAACGUCAGCCCAAAAUGAUAUUUGUUUCUCAUGACCUUCGAGAGAGCUUAAAGAAAAAACUCAGCGAGUCCGUUAAAUCUGGCGCUCGUGUUCCACGGAUUGUUAAUUUACAUCGAAGUCAGUCAUUGAAUAUUACCUCGAAUGGAAGGGUACCAGUGAAGAAGAAGAAUUUUCAAGCCACUGGGAACGUCUCUGCUAUUUCAAAGUCUUCUCCAAUUCCAGAAAAUGAUUCGGCCACAGAUUCGGCUAGUUUAUCAAAAGGUGACAACGAUAACACCCCUGAACUGUUGACUGUUACACGGAAACAAGAAAGCGGCGUGACUGAACACAUUUACCGGUCUGGUAAUGAAGGCGCGAAUGAUUCAGAAGAAAACGUCCCUUCAAGGGCAUUCCUUCCACCAGAUAAUUCUCACCUCUCGAUGACUCCCCCAGAUGCGCCACUGAGAACAUCGUCGGUUAAAAAACGCAGUUCGUCUAGCUUGUACUCCUCUCAGAGAUCCCGAACACCCUCGCCUCCUGCCAAAAAGGAGUCGAGUGGUAGCUUAGAAGCCCAGCCGAACCUUACUAACGGGUUCUCGACACCACCAAAAGCACCGCCGGCACCGCCGGCACCGCCGGCACCGCCUCCACCCCCAGUAACAUUCAGGGAUAUGGAAUUCGAUAUUUCGAGCGAUUUUAACGAAUCGGCAGACGAGACCCUAAAAUAUUUCAACAGAACUGUAGGAGGGGAAACCACGUUCAGUUCUGAUAACAGCCAGGAAGCGCGCACUUUAUCUCUACCACAAGAAGAUUACCUCCAAACGUACAAUUACGAAUCAUCCAAGGGAAAUAACUCGGGUGACCGUACUGACAAAAAAUCCAAGAAAAAGAUAACCAAAUGGUCGGACAAACCGAAAACGGUUAGAGCAAGCAUAAAACCGGGAUCGGUGGAAGAGCUGAAGAAAAUAUUCAUAAGACUGGGAGAAGAAAAUUUCAAACCUUCCAUAAUAAAAAAGAAUUACGAAUACUUUAUGCACGUACAGCGCCAGGAUUGUACGGGACGUGCAGAUGUAACGAACAUAUUUCCUACACAGGGUUAUGACGAAGACCACCCAAAGUCCGAGAUUACAUCAAAACAAUUUGCCAAAAAGUAUCAGCAAAACUGGACAGAAGAUGAAAUAGUGGCGCCGAGUAAUACACAACAGAAACAGAGCAGCACUUUGGAAAAGGAUCGUGCCCUGAACGAACCUACUGGGAUUGCUAUUGAAUUCGUCACAAAAGACGUAGGUGCAGAGCAGAGAGAUAUGGGUCAUAACUCCACUGUUGAGAAGAGAAAUAGCUCAGACGGGCGUACACAGGUGCAAGUAGAAAGAAACUUUGAAGAUGAAAAUACAAGUUACCAAGUUGACAUUAACGAAUGGGCAGCUCUGGGUAACUCUCUCAUUAAAAGUAACGAGGAGUCUGUUCAGACAAACAAGCAAAGAAACAGCGGCGGGGAGGCAGUUACAAGAAAUAUUUUGAUUGAUAGCAACAUGAAUCUGAAACCAGACGAACAACUUGACAGGGACGGCGGGUAUCACGUGACAACGUAUGAAAUGUCGUCUGCUGCAGUUGAAUCGUACACAUUCGACAGUGAACAACGUACAUCUGAGGCACCGCGGGGCACAUCGCCGGUGACAGUGCAGUCAGAAUCAAAAUUCACCCAACAAACGCUGUCUUCUGAACGUUUCAAUUCAAACACUGGAAACGACGAGUAUUCGGCUGAAAAUUUCGAAAUCUCCAGUUCAGAGAGACCAAAUAUCAACGUAGAUUCAGAACGCAUUGAACGCGAACCAGAAUUGGAUAUAAGUAGUUCUGAAAUAGAAAAACAAAAGAUGACGGCAACCGUUGAUAUGGCGUCUUUUGACAGUUACGGUAUCCCAAGCAUAAACAGCUCCUCUAGCCGUUACUCGACCGUGACGUCUGACAAUGACAAGCAUGAGAAGGUUUACGUUGUGCAGGAUAACGUGGGAGAUUUGUAUGUCGUGGAAGACAUCACCGACAAGACGAGAGAAACAACAACAAUCCGACACCCCGGACAAGUGAUAGAAUCCACGGAAAACGAGUCAGUUCGGACGUUAAACACCACCGACAGCAGCAUUCGCAGUUUCGACUUCGCCGGCGAUGCGGGGACUGUUUGCGUGGAAACGGGAGUAGAACGCGGCAAAGCGAGAGAAGUGAUCUCCACUCUGUUCGGUGACAUUUCGGACAAUAAGGGCCUGUCUUUCACAGAAUACCCCAACGAUUCACUGCAUCAAGAAAACGUUGACCUUGGUCGCUCGCUGACAGUGACAGCCUCGGAUCUGAAUUCGAGUAAUGCGAGUGGACAAAAAGAGAUUUACAAAAGCGGGACGGAACAGAAAGACGACGUGUUGCACGAAGACACUUAUGAAAAAACGGUGUUGAAUAUCGUUACCGAUAACUCGAACAAACCCCUGUGGACGGAAACAACGACAGACACACAGACAUGCGCCUGGUUGGAAAACAACCGUGGCUAUGAACGCGGUGGUGGUGGGAAAACGUACGUCACCACGGCUACGUUUGGCGACAGAAUGCCAGCAAUAACCUCAGACAGUGUUGUCAUCCCUGAACCAGAUUAUUACCCAAAAGAAAUGACAUCGUCUGGCACCUAUUCCACGGAAGUGGAGCAGCAGAACGAAAACAGCUCGCUAAGCUUAGUUCCGCUGUCUUCGAGCUACGGCACCGUGGCAGUACACAACGAACCAGUGACGUCACAGCAGACCGAGCAGACGUCGAUUGCCUCUGGAGAAAUCAACGAAAGCCAAACGGAAUCGGAGAUCACGAUCACGACACGAACGACGGCUGUUGUGGGCGAGCUGGUCGAUAUGCAUAUCGGAAUUCCACCGGACCUCCAGUCCAGUCUGAAGGACAUCAGCUCGACCACGAGCUCGGACCACAGUCCCAGGAGGAGCAGCUCCAUCAUCAGACUUAGAACCAAAUCUCCGGAGUCGACAUCGCCGAGGAGUGGUGGUUCGCUAAACAACUCGCGAACACGGGUCUCGGAUAUAACCGAAACGACCGAGUACAUACGAGACAGAAGUCGAAGUCCAGAUCGUCGCAGUCCCCGGAGAAACAGCGGAAUAAUAACGGCUAACAGUGGAAGUUAUAACCUGUCUAGUCCCGAACGGAUAAGGUCAUACCCCGAUAAGCAGACGAUAGAACUUGUAAAUGGUUUUGAUGAUGGAGACGACGGCGGCCAAAAGUACCGAAUUGUAACUAGCAAGAGAGAAUACGACACCGAUAGAGAUUCUUCGUACAGAAAGGAUCAUUAUUACGAAGAAUAUUUGUCUAAAAGUCCACAAGAACCAAAACACAGAAGAUCAUCUCCCACGCAUGUUUAUUAUACCUCUGGCGAUCCUUCCCUGUCGACUGUGAAACCAGACCGGUACCACGGUGAAACCGACAGCCAGUACAGCUCUAAGGGUACAUCCAGUGGAGUCCCAUCCAUAGGAGACGACCAGCCUCAGUACAGAGUCAGUCACAUAGAACUGUCGCCCCCUGGUAGAGAGCCUCAUCGAAAAACGUACAGAGAAAUAGAAAGCACAGAGCGAGACGCCGAUUAUUACACAGUGAACAGGAUAGAUACUGGCGGUGAUCUGUGGCGAGUCAAUAGCACGGCGAGGCCCGAUGCGCAGUUGCCAAACACUUCAACCACAAAAGUUUUUGUCGAGCGGCUGGAUGGGAGGCCGGUCCAUCCUAAAACAACGUACAAGAUCGUGAGGAGUCUGUCGGACGAGAGACUGGACGUCAGGAAGAAAAGACUGAGCAGCGGGUUCAAAUCCGGGAGCCAGUCAGACUCGGAGGACGAAGGGCGCCGCGUGUACAAGACUGUAAAGACUUUUCAAAUCGGUAAAUCGCAGGGGAGACCACGACGACAAAGACGUGGGUCACAGGGUUCGUCUCACUCGGAUACAGACGGCGACGACCGCGGUACUCAUCGCUACAGGGUUUCCAACAUCGACGAAAACACAUUGUUGGAAAAGGAGUGGAAGAGACGGGUGCCAGACGACGGCAAGAAGCACGUGUACAGAGUUGUCAGCCCCUCCCCGUCGAGCAGACGAGAGCCAAGGGCAGCGCGUGAAGAUCGGGAUGAUUCUCGAAUAUACAGAAUCGGCAGAAAGGAGCCAGUGCAGCCGCCGCCGAAAAAGAACCCGUUAAUCUCCAGCAAGAAAAUUUUCCACGAAACUAGCACCAACUACCACACGAAGUCAACGCCAUCUCAUUUCGAUUCGGGCUAUUUCGAUGAUAACCAGUACUGGUCAAAAUCGCCCUCACACCGGAACGUCUUAGAGAUCGACCCGAAACCUCGGAGGUCGAGGUCCUUUGAUGCGAACACUAACGAUUCCCUGUACAGAGUGGUUAAUGUCGAGUCACGGGAUAAUCGGACACCCGACGCCAUGAGACGUGUUCGACGACGCAGUCCCAACAGGUUUAGAAGCGGAAGUCUGUCAUCCGACUCCGAUGAAGACAACAGAGGUAAAUAUUACAUAACCUCGCCCAAGCACGAACGAAAAUCUCCGAUCCGUGAAAGCCACGAACCCAGACGGAGACCGACGAAGGAGAAGAACAUAUACUAUGUGCACCGAACACCUUCUCCCGAAAACGUGAAUCUGAAGCGAGUGCGUUCUCUUUCGCCGGAACGAAAAUUCCGAAUUUCGAACCACACGAACGACGAAUCCGAUUUACAGUUUGUGACGUCAUCACCAUCCUCAUCGCCUAGGAAUUAUGUUGUUUACAACGACAGCUCAGCAGAACCCGUACGUCGAUCUCGAUCGCCGAAAGUGACAGACUCCCAGACGUACCGGACAGAAAAGACUAUCGUUCUGCAGCCGUCCCGCAACAUGUCGCCGAGACUGCAACACAAGGGCGUGAGGUACUUCACGCAAAACGGCGUGUCUAUGGACCAGACCAUUGAUUCGGGAACUGGCACCGAAAUAGCUAGCUCCGAUAACGAAGGAAACGGCGAAACGAUUCACCAGCGAAUGUACGAGCGUGUGGAAGAGAUCUACGAAGUUCGAAAAGAACCACAGUACGUGGAUCUAGUCGAAGAUGUGGACGGCAGUCUCAAGGUUCAGAGAGGGAAAAUACUAAUUCAAAACCAAAUGGACCCCAACAAGGACGAUGAUGACUUUGAUGACAAUAUCAACGUGUUUGACAAUUCAUUUCACCUGCAGAAGGAUAAUCCUCUGUACCAAAGUGAUCCAGACAUCUACAAGUCGAAAGAGGAUUACGACAACCAAGACGCUUUUCAGCAGGAAGUGACGCAAGAUAUUACUUUCGACACAGUGAACAAAAUUGCACAGGCUCACAGUAGAAAACAAGAAGUGGUGCCACAGACUUCAGAGAAGUCGAAUCUGUCGACGUUGCUGCUGUCUCGAUUGGCCAACAUCGAUUCGAAGGACAUCCGCCAGACGAUCAACGUGGAACACCACAACGAAGAGAUCUACGGCGACAUCGAGUUCAUACACGCGGGCGGAGAGCGCACCGGGUCCGCCAACACCACCAACUUCGACGCCGUCAACGAGAACGUCGGCUUGACAUUGAGAGACGGCAAAGCGUUUGUCACCAUAAAAGUUGUCGCCGAGCGAAUUGUUCCAAUUGACUACGAGUUUAACGUCUGGAGGAAAAGUUCCGCCAUUGUUACGCGCCAAAUCGAAAUCGAUCUGCUGGCAAACGAACAGCGCAGUCGACUGUAUCAUCACGUGAUGGAAAACGCGGGACUGCAGGGCGCCAUUACGGGUUCGUUUGGGCCGGAGAUUCCUCCUCGUUUUCGAGAGGAACGUGAAAAGACUCUAAGCAGUCUGGAGACUCUGAAGUUGUUUUCUCAGAUCCUCAACGUGGCUGAAGGUCAAACUGACAAUGAUGAGGCAGAGUUCUACACGCGGCAAGAACAAGGGCAAAUCGCCUCGUCUUCCGCUUUCGAUAUUCUGUACUAACCAUGUAGGAAACCCAUGUCAUAUUACGUAACUACCCAAAAGGAUGUCACAUCUGUAAGAUAAAGGAACGUAAUGGUAUCUGUAUUAAUAUAAAAACAAGUUAUCAGUGGUGAAUCCGAGAUAUUUGCAAAGGAGGCGCCUUGGUAGAUUUGCCAGUUUACUGAAGGAAGCUCUAUUUUUGGUUGGAACAUUUUCACAGAACUAAUAGGGAAGAAUACCGGGUGCUUCCCCAGAACUACCAGUGGUUAUGUUAUAUGCAUCAUUAUGACCCAUUGUCUGGGGUUGUUUUAACACGAACUUCAAGUUCUGUUCCUUCAUAUGCUGAAUCCUGCUUAUGAAACUUUAACCCUAGAGUCUGGUCUCCAACUGCUUCCGAACACAGUAGCAUAUUGGGUGAAGGCAGCAGGUUUUUCUUCCAAUUGUCUAACACUCAUAAUUACCACACAUUUGAUACCCGAUUAAAUACUAUGCUGAUGUAUCGUUACACAAACAUUCCUUUCCUUUCCUUCCUUGUAACUUGCAUGACAGUUAAAGCAUGUGACAGAAAAAAUGGAGUUCCUUUCCUGAUUAGCAGAUAUUAUAUGGCAUGAAGACAAUUAGUCUGUUGUUUAUUGUUAUACCUCAUGUUGGUGUUUUAUAUGGAAACAUCACUAGCUAAGGUAAAUUAUGCUUCCGUUACUUAAAAAAACAUACAAAAUGGUGCUAUAUCACAGAUGAAUGUAUGUAUAUUUUGUUAAACAGACAUUGCUUGUCUAGAUUUUUGUUUCAUGUUUGUUGUAAUGUACGUAUGCGUGAUCAAUGCCGUUAUUACAUCUUCACACCAAAAAAAAAACAAUACUGUUAUUUUACUAUCAAAAUGAGGGCAAGACAGAUCAAAAAUUAAUUUCAAAGAUGUUAAACUAAAUUAUCCAAAGAGCAGUUAAACUUAAAUUUCACUUUCGUCAAGAGAACCUAAUCCGGUCAUGUUAAUGUUUAUAUCAUUUCAUGUAAUACGUGUAGCAUCUUCUAAUUUUGAUACCUCCAAUCCAUCUUUUCAACCUGUAUGCUAUAUAUGAGGGUGUAGUUAAGUUCUGAACAUCAUUAAAUCUGACAUCAUGAUGAAGACGUAACACUGAUUCAACAUCUAUGUUUGUUGUUAUUAAGUGAAGACAGUUUGCGGGGACUAAAAUAAAUAGCAUGUCUUCUAUUCAAAGUUCGUCUAAGGUGCAGCUUCAUCCACAUAUUUUCCACUUAGCACCAGGACACGGGAACCUUGUUUUGUAUGAUGUUCUCCGCGGUAACACCCAUGACCCAUUGCACAUAAUGAUGGCUCACUCGUUUGUAUCGUAAAGAUUCCUCCCAAUUAUGUUUUACGGGCAUACGUUGUGUACAGUCUGAGGCAUGUUUACACAGCACAUGCAAUGCGAUAUAAAUUGGUAGCGUCAUUUCCUCGUGACUUGGAUACAAAUCCCGGGUUACGUUGCAUGUGGUCAAACAAGUAUUCUGAUCCUUGUGUGUAUGUUCUCGAAGGCGAGGGCCUGCGACUUCUCGCAAGACUGGUUUUUGCACCUAAUGCUGAAAGAAUGUGAGAGGAUGGGAUGGAAAUCAGUCAAAUUGUUCGCUAGCGUUCGUCUAUCUGAACACGCCUUUUGUGUGGGUGACUCGAGAUAACCGCGUCUUUUGAAAGACACUGCACUAUUACUGAACUUGGCCUUGCGUUCUACCACUUGAUACGUUUUCCACAAAUAGGACAUCACAACCCUCGAUGUUAAAAUAUACCAGCCUUAAAAUACUGUUUUACAUUUUUAAAAAAUCGUUUUAAAAGUGGUAUUGCUUUGUUGAUUUUGCACUUAUCGAAUUUUCAUUUCAACAGAAAGCUAAUAUCGUUUUUGAAUUGUAACCAAUAAAAUAUUGUACAAUGUU